UAUUUCAUCUGGUAGAAAUCCUUGUUUAUUCUUUUUUGUUAUUUUCAGGGGACAAUACAUCUAUAAUCAAUUUUAUAUUGAUCUUAAUGUUUCUUAUAUGACAAAUAUUAACAUAUUAUAAUAAUGUUUAAUACUCUAUUUUUUAGAGUACAAAGGUUAUGACGUAGCGGUUAAAUUGCUAAGCGCAGCAGUUGCAGAAGACCGAUAUUGUCGUAGCAAGGGUUGUGAAUACGAAAAUAAUGAUGGUAAAAUGAGGGGCAGUAAUUGGUGUGCCUUCUUUGGGCUUCAGUAUGGUUCUGUUUACCAAAUAAAAAUAUAUGUUUCAGUGGUUGCAGAUAAUGUAAGGGGAAACUAUAUAGAUGACAUUAGGAAUUCACCAGAUUGCUACGAUGAAACUGAAAGUAUUCCAUUCUGCUUAACUCAGCCGGUUGAAUACAUUGGGAAGCCAUUCAAUAUAACUACAGACUUCAAAAGAAUUGAUGGAACCAAUGACGUCACCGUAUACGUAACUUGGCAGCAACCUAUUCAUGCUAACCCCGAUACACCAUUAAUCUUUUAUACUAUUACCUGGGACAGCGACAAUGCCGGUGGGGAUAGUUUUGAUUUUAAGAAUUUCACUUAUGAACCAGCUGGAUUCUUAACGACUUCACUGCUCAACCCUCUUCAAGAAGAUAAAAAUUAUAAUUUAACUAUUACGGCAGUUGUAUUAGAUGGCGAUAAACAGAGGUUUCGUUCAGCGGAAGUUUCGUUCAGCACAUAUUUGCUAGGUUUGGAAAAAAUAGCCGCACAUACAGAUGAUGUAAGCAUUUACAUAAUUGCUGGCGGCAUUGUAGGCCUAUUCCUCUUUAUAUUCCUGGUAGCUAUAUUGCAUCGGAAAGCCAAAAGAGAUCAAAGAGAUCUAAGGAUAUUCAUACCAACCGAUUUCCAACAAGAGACAGAUGCUGCAACGAAAGCUUUGGCUGAUUAUCCACAAUACGAGAUACAUAGAGACGACAUUACCUGGGAAAAACGAAUUAUGUUAGGAAGUGGCCACUACGGCGAAGUUUACAAAUGUAAAGUUCAGAUAAUGGAGGAAUCUGUGGACGCAGCAGUCAAAGUACCAAAACAAAUGGCAAUCGGUAAAGAACUUGAAGAUUUUGUGGAAGAAAUCAAACAAAUCAUAAAAUUGGGAACUCAUGAAAACGUUGUCAGAUUUUUAGGAUACAAUACGUCAUCAAAUCCUUUAAUGAUGAUUAAUGAAUUUGUUCAGUAUGGAGAUAUGUACAGUUUUUUGCGAAAGAUUAAAAACAAGAAGGCACCAAAAGACGACCCAAUAUAUAACAUUGAGAGGAUAAAUCAACUUGAAAUAGCCAUGCAAAUCGCGGAAGGGAUGGCAUACAUUUCUUCGAAACGUUUCUUACAUGGUGACCUCGCAGCUCGCAACAUUUUGAUUGAUAAGGGCUUGGUGGUGAAAAUAACCGAUUUCGGAUUGAGUCAUGAUAUAUAUGAAAGAAACUAUCGUAGAAUGAAAACAGAUGAGGCCCUUCCCUGGAGAUGGCAAGCUAUUGAAACCUUUACCGAGCGAAAGAUGUCGUCAAAAAGUGAUGUAUGGUCAUUUGGUGUCGUGCUGUCUGAGAUCUUUAAAUUUUGUGACCCACCUCCGUAUCACACACUGCCGUCAGAAGAUCUCGUGAACUUUCUCAAAUUAGGAAAACGUAUGGAACGACCACCUGAUUGUCCUCAAUACAUGUAUCAGAUAAUGAUGAGAUGCUGGGAUGUCGACCCUUCACGAAGACCGACUUUCAAUGAUUUGCUUUAUGAGCUUAAAGGACAAGUAGGCCUACAUAGCAGUUCCAUGAUACCUGGUGAAAAUGGCAACGCUAAUCUUUGCAAACUUUAUAAACCUAAGAGAUCACAUGGAUUGACAGAUACCGGUACAUCAGGGUCAUCAUUUGCUGGUGUUGAAUUCAUCAGAGAACCGGGUAGUGAAGAGAGUGGGACAGGCGGAAAGGAAAAGAAACCCGAAGGACCUCAUGCAUUGACAGACACAUCUGGGUCAUCAUUAUUUGAUGGUAUUGAAUUCAUCAGAGAACCAGAUAGUGAAGAAAGUGGGACAGGCGGUAAGGAAAAGGUGACACGUGAGCACUGUUCACCAGACGGGAAUUUGAGACAUCGGAACAGCUACGUGAACUACGCCUUUGAAGACUCAGUACCCAUUGACGAUUUUGAACUUAGUGGUAGAAGGAUUGUUGCAGACAGUACUUCAAAUGAAAUGGAAGAGAAUGCUGACAGUCUACAACUAUCAACAGGAAGGCCUAACAGCAAUGCUGUUCAUGAGGACUUUGGAUUUAGUGCCUUCGAUAAAGAGAAAACAACUGGAUCGUCGUCGACAACAACGACUGGAGAAUACUUCAUAUCUGGCGAGUUCAUUCGGGAAACGGAAGAUAGUGGUUUAACGAAUGAGUCAUACGAGGAGCAAAGCAUAUGACGAUGGUUAAAAAGAACAAUUAUAUGGUAUGGAACCAGUAACAGUUGGCCUUAGCUGUCACAUGAACAUAGAUGAAACCAGUGUAGCAGCAGUGCAGGCCUAUCGUGAAUUUGCAUUGGCUCUGUGGAAUUCAUACUGCAAGAUGUCGUCACAAGUGCGCAUUGGUCCAGGCUUUUCCAAUUUUACAUCAAGGCAAACUAUUGAGUAACCAGAGUCAUUGUGAUAAAUACCUGGACGUAUCGUAUCAAAAUAAUACUGCCUACGCAAUAGCAAAAUAGAAAAUGCCAAUGUACUUGUUGUAUGCUUUCUCAGGCCUAGAGUAUACUUACAAAAAUAUAUUUAUUAAAGCAACAUUGUAAUUGGAUUAUUUUUGUUCAAGUGAUAUAAAGAUAUUAUUUGACUGUUA